UUUUGGAUUUUCACGACUCACACAGCCUGCCGGAACAGCAUGGCCAACAGUUGGCACUAUGGGUAUAUAUAUGUUGAAAGCCCGUAUUUAACGAUUGGAUGUUUUAUGUAUACAUGGAAAGGAACCCACUCUCAUAUUCAUUUACGGUACAUAGAUACGCUCACGACUUUACUAAAUUUGAUCACUCCUUCAAUGACUCAUUCAUACUGUUAUCAUAUUGUGUCUCUCUUUUUUUUUUUUUUUUUAUUUCUAUACCUAGAGACUGUGUGUUAAUUUCCUAUAUAACGCUCAAUGCGAACCAAGCAUUUCCCUCCCAUAUAGCCUCCGUCCCAGUAGGGUAUCAUUAAUGGCUCGAAAAGUAAAAAAAAGUAAUGAGUAAUCGUAACAACCAUGAGUCUUGA